CAAAACUAAUUUCAUAAUUGCGUGGCUCUCCCAUCCGAGACAGUUCCAGAUGCGGAAACCGGCGUGGAUGCCACUGAAAUAGUGCAUUUAAUUCUUUUUAGUGCAUAAUCCUGACAUGAAUUCAUCAUGAUGACGUAUUUUAUAUCACCAAGAUAUGGCAUGGGUAGUUUUAAAUUGGCUAAAUCAUUUUGUUUACUCAUAUUACUUCUCCAAAUCCUGACCUUCUGUUCGGCCUUUUCUGCGAUUCAUCCUUUGAGUCGCGUCGCCGAACUGCUGGGGGAGGAAACAGACAGAGUUGGCACCCGAUUCAGACGGACGAGCUCCAGUAUAGAUACAAAGUACUACCAUUCCUACAACGAUUUGAGCCACCUUCUUAGGUUGUAUUCUAAUGAUUACCCAUCAAUCACAAACUUGUCGAGCAUUGGGCAGAGUGUGCAAGGGAAAGAGUUAUGGGUGAUGCAAAUAACAGACAAUCCAGGAGUUGUUGAGAAUGAAGAGCCGUGGUUUAAAUAUGUUGGUAAUAUGCAUGGAAAUGAAGUCAUCGGACGACAGAUUCUCAUCUACCUCAUUGAGUACUUGCUCCUGAAUUAUGGAAAAGAUGAGAGAGUGACGAAAAUUGUGGAUGAAACCAACAUCUAUAUCAUGCCAACCAUGAAUCCCGAUGGAUUUCAUAUGGCUCAUGAAGGAGAAUGCAGUGGGCAAGGUCCUGCUUCAGGACGGGAAAAUGCAAAUGGAGUUGAUUUGAAUCGUAAUUUCCCAGACCAGUUCCACACCGACCCAGCAGAUAAAUGGAAGAAUCGUCAGAAGGAGACCAUGCUAAUGAUGAAAUGGAUUGAGAGCAAUCCGUUCGUGCUCUCGUCUAACUUGCACGGAGGAAGCCUUGUUGCCAGUUAUCCUUUCGAUGACACCCGGAAUCAUCGUCCAAAUCAGCCUGGGAGGUACAGCAAGUCUCCUGAUGAUGCACUCUUCAAGAAGUUGGCUACUGUGUAUUCCAACAAUCAUCGGGUGAUGCAUACUAAUCCUGGUUGUCCUCAUUACAGUGAGAGUUUUCCUGGAGGGAUUACCAAUGGAGCACAGUGGUAUGAUGUCCCAGGUGGGAUGCAAGAUUUCAACUAUAUGAACAGCAACUGUUUUGAGAUCACAAUUGAACUGUCCUGCUGCAAAUAUCCUCACGUUAGUCAACUUACACAGGAAUGGGAAGACAACAGACCAGCUCUUCUGGCAUAUAUGGAAAUGGUUCAUAUUGGUGUGAAAGGGUCUGUUUUGGAUAGUUUUGAUGGUUCUGGUAUAGAAGGAGCAACAAUCUCGGUCCAAGGUAUCAACCAUGAUGUUGUAUCGGUGCAGUAUGGUAACUACUGGAGGCUACUUCUACCAGAUACAUAUAAUAUCACCGUCAAGGCUGAAGGAUAUUUUAGUAUGUCUCGUGAUGUGGUGGUAACAGAGGGUGAAGUCACCAGAGUUGACUUCAGACUCAGAUCCAAAACAAGAUUCAUUGAGCCUGUCCCCAUCGUUCACCACACCCAAGAUUCUAUGAUUGAAGCUCUGACAGACUUUACAGAUCGCUACCCCAACAUUACACAUCUCUACUCCAUUGGAAACUCUGUGCAGGGUAGACAGAUCAUGGCCAUUGAGAUCUCAGAUCGUCCAGGUUUCCAUGAGCCAGGCGAGCCCGAGAUGAAGUUUGUUGCUGGUAUCCAUGGCAACGAGGUUGUAGGUGGAGAAAUGCUGAUGCUACUCAUCCAGUUCCUAUGCGAGAACUAUGAGACAUCGGACAAGGUCAGGUGGCUGGUGGACAACACAAGGAUCCAUCUGGUCCCAAGCAUGAACCCUGAUGGCAAAGCCAUAGCAUUUGAAGGUGACCAAGAAUCUAUCGUUGGUCGCAACAACCAUCGUAAUGUGGACCUCAAUCGUAACUUCCCCGACCGGUUCGGUCGUAGCGAGGGCACCAUACAACCAGAGACCAAGGCCAUCAUGGAUUGGACGAAGAAACACCCAUUUGUGAUCUCCGCAGGUCUUCAUGGAGGGUCUAUCGUGGCUAAUUACCCAUAUGAUAGUAAUAGCGAGAGCCGAGAAUCCAUGUACUCGGCAUCUCCGGAUGAUGCCAUGUUCAAGCAGCUAGCUCUAGCCUUUGCUAAUUCACAUGGAAUGAUGUAUAAGGGAUUCCCUUGCCCUGAUUCGUAUCCCAAUGAGAAAUUUGAGGGCGGUAUCACCAAUGGAGCAAAAUGGUACCUUGUUGAUGGUGGGAUGCAGGACUGGAACUAUGUAAACACCAAUACCAUGGAGAUAACAGUUGAGAUGAGCUGUGUAAAGUUUCCCCUCACUGCUGAUCUACCUCAAUAUUGGAGUGAUAAUAAAAUGUCUCUUCUUAGCUUCAUGCAUGAAGUUCAUAGAGGAAUACAUGGUUUUGUGUUAAACCGUGCAGGAAAGGGAAUAAGACGUGCACACAUCAUUGUAGAAGGCAUUGAUCACAAUGUGAGCACGGCAAAAUAUGGCGACUUCUGGCGACCUUUGACCCCUGGCUUCUACAACAUUACUGCACAUGCUGAAGGAUACGCACUGCAAACCCAAGAAGUGAUUGUCUACCCUGGUCCAGCGACCCAAGUCAACUUCACCUUGGUAACAGACGGGUCAGAUGCUGGUCAAUUGGACCUACCAUUGGAUGAAUGGGCAGCUCGAUAUGACUUCUCCAUCCCACAAAACUUCAGUGGAUACCACACCAACGAUGAUCUGGCAAGAGUUUUGCUGGAGUAUCAAGGGUCGUAUCCAGACAUCAUUGACCUUUCAACUUUGGGUCAAACAAGGUCAGGUGCCAGUAUCUGGAUGGUGGAGAUGGGAAAGUACAGGAACAUGGAUAAUGUGAUUGACAUGCCAAGAGUGGCCUUGAUUGGUGGUUUGAGAGGGGAGGAGCCUGUUGGCAGGGAGUUGCUAUGGCGAUUCAUCCAUCAUUUAGGAGAAGGUUACCAUGCCAAUGAUGACAGGGUUGUGAGACUCCUGAAUAGUACCCGUUUGACGAUCAUCCCAGCUAUUGACUAUGACGGCUUUGGCCUGGCUCAUGAGGGAGAUUGCACAGGCAGCAUGUAUGAGGGAGACUUUACUCCAAAUAGCUUUGGACCCGAUGGGGAACUGUUAUCUCAGAGACCGGAAUUAGUUGCACUUCAUGAUCUGUUCUUGGAGCAUAAUUUCAGUUUGGUGCUUUCCAUUGAAUCCAGUGGCAUGUGGGUCAGGUACCCUUAUGACAACCCUAACUCUGAUCAUGGAUCAACCACUGAGGACAACAUGCUGUUCUUUGAAAUAGCUAAUGCAUAUGCAUCAGCCAAUUCCAUUCUAAGCGGAGGGGUGAAGUGCAAUGGGCAUACCUAUGGUGCUGGGGUAGUGAAUGGGGCCGAUUGGAAAAACACAAGGAAUACACUCCAGGACUUCUUAUAUACUCAGAAAAGUGAAUUCAUGGUAACUGCUCAGAUAUCAUGUUGCAAGUAUCCUGACCAUAUGGAGCUUGAGAACCUAUGGAGGACCAAUCUAGAAUCACUCCUGAAAUUCACUGAAAAAUCACACCAAGGUAUUCGUGGUAAGAUCCAAACUGCUGAUGGAACCCCAUUGCCCUCUGCUGUCAUUCACCACGGAGACCAUACACACGUCCUCAUCCCUGAUGGGGACGGGAUGUUCCGACGUAUGAUGCCUACCGGAGUACAUGGCGUUACCGCAUCAGCACCAGGCUACAUGCCUCUUACUAAAGAUGUCCAUGUAACUAUGAAUACAGUCAGUGAAGUUAUAUUUGUAAUGGAGAAAGAACCAGGAAUGACAUACCAUCAUUAUAAUGAUACAACAGAGAUGUUGAAAAAUCUUACUGCAUCUUAUCCUCACCUAACACAUUUGAAAAGCAUUGGUGUUAGUGUUGAAGGGAGACCAUUGCAAGUCUUGGAGCUAAGCAACAAACCUGGCAGUCAUCAGCCAGGAAGGCCAGAGGUCAAAUUCAUUGGCAGUAUCCAUGGCAACGAACCAGUUGGGAGAGAGCUUGUAUUGUCCCUAGCUAACUAUCUACUGAUGAGCUAUGGAAAAGAUGAUGCAAUUACAAAGCUCCUAGAUACAACUCACAUCCAUAUCCUCCCCACCAUGAACCCUGAUGGCUCAGAGAAGACUAAAGCACUACAAGGAACAUGCUUUGGAGAUGAAGGAAAAACAAAUGCAAAUGGAAUCAACUUAGAAAAUGAUUACCAGGUGAAUGUGAUGAACGCAUCAAUUGACGUCCAACCAGAGACCAGAGCUGUUACUGAUUGGCUGAGCAGUCGACCUUUCACCCUUGGUGUUUCACUCUUUGGUGGGACAGUGGUGGCUCGCUAUCCUUAUAACUCUCAGAAAGGGGGAGGCAAUAUGAUUCAAACAGCAGAUGACCAACUCUUCCAGCAUCUUGCCAAGGCAUAUGCUAAUAAGCAUCCCACGAUGCACCUUGGUAACCCACAGUGUCCUGGAAAUGCAGAGGAGUCUUAUCCCAAUGGUAUUGUAAAUGGUGCUGAAUGGAAUGCUCAAGAUAAUAAUAUUCAGGAUUUCACCUAUGACUUCCUUGGUUGCUUAGACCUGUCAAUCCAUACAUGCUGCUGUCUGUAUCCCAAGGCAUCAGAACUCCAGGACCUUUGGAAGGCACAUAGACCAGCCCUGAUAGAGACCAUUAAACAGGCACAUCGUGGAAUCCAGGGCUUUGUUACCACAACUCAAAACAAACCAUUAGAGGGCGCUACAAUAACCAUCAGUGGUAUCCAUAGGAACCAUGUGAUGACAUCACAGCAUGGUGACUUCUGGCUUCUCCUUCCUGAUGGUCAGUAUUCUAUUACAGCCAGUGCUGAAGGUCACUCCAGUGAGGUCAUCCCUGCGGAGGUCAAUGGUCAGGAGGUGUUGGUUCUAAAGUUCAAGCUUCCAGAGAAGAGCACCAUCAUGGGUUUCCCAAUCUACCUCUUCUUAGGAAUGAUUGCUUUGAGCUUUGCUGUUGUGCUUCUCACUGUGGUGUGUAUCUCCCGAUGCUGUUGUACAAAGGCCCAGAGAGCAAGACGAACAAGAGGUUUCUACCAGCUAGAUCAAAGCAGAAUGUUUGCAGAAGAAUACCAUGAUGAGUUUGCGCUAAAAACAAUCAGAAACGGUGACAAAAAGUCUCUCAUUAAAAAUAUGGAAUUCCAUGAUUUUUCAGACACAGAUAGCGAAGAUGAUGAAACUUUCAGAAGGUGAUAGUAACUCUAACCACUCCCUAAUUUGUUUUAAGUACUCUUUGAUUUCACAAGUGGGUUAUAAUUCUGACUACAAAUGUGUA